UCCAACUGCAAGUAAUGGUUAUGUGAGAAACAGGUGAUAUCAAUCUGGGCUGUGAUACAGACAGAGCUUUUCAAGUUCUGUUACUCCUGUUUUCUUUGAGUCUCAACAAGCUGCCUUCAUUUUCCAGGCUUUAAAAUACAUGCAUGUAGGCUGUAUCAGAGACCAUACAAACUGCUGUUCUUAAUGGCAGAAACAACAGCCUCAACGUCUAGUUUUCCAGCUUCUCGUGAGAUGCAGGAUUUCAACUGCCCUGUUUGUCAGGAGAUCUUUCAGACUCCAGUGAGAACACAAAGCUGUCAGCACCUUUUUUGCAGAAAAUGCUUUCUAAUGGCUGUUAAAGCCAGUGGUGCUCACUGCCCUCUCUGCCGUGGGGCAAUAAGCAGAUGGGAAAGAGCAACACCUACCAGAGCAUCUGACAUUGAGCUAGAGAUGCGAAGCCGCUCAAUGGAGUGUUUGUACUGCGGGAAACAGGUGAAAUUGUCCUAUAUGCGACUUCAUUAUAAAUCCUGCAAGCGUUAUCAAGAGGAAUUUGGGACUACAUCCAAAUAUGCAAAAGUUCAGAGCAGCACAUACACCACUAAACCACUGGAGGCCACCUAUAAUUGUCCCCUCUGCCCACAGCAAACCUUGACCAGAAGAGCCUUACUGGACCACUGUAACUUUAUGCAUUAUUUUGAAGUUGUGAAAGCGGUGUGCCCUAUAUGCACUUUUUUGCCGUGGGGAGAUCCGAUCCAAGCAACGGGAAAUAUUGUUGGACAUCUAAAUGCUAGACACCAAUUUAGCUAUGAAGAUUUCAUGCUAAUCAAUUUAUGGCUUUGUCUCGAUGAUACCUGUCUUCCAGAAUGUCUACCUUGAUGAAGAGGCUCAAUUCAAAGCUGCAGUUGAGAAAUCCUAUCAAACUUUCAAUGGACUACAUGAAAUGCUGCAAUAAAUACAACUUAAUAACUUACACAAUUUGUUUACUGUAUGUUAAUAAAAUAUUUUUUAUUCUAAAA